AUUUUAAUAACCUCAAAAAUAUAGAAAUAAACGUCAAAACAAAAAUGACUCAUAGGACAAUUUUACUGCCUUUUUGAAGUUUAAAAAUUAAAUACCAUCGUUAAUUUUAAAACUUUGCAAAGUCUAAAAGUACAAUGGCACAGAGUAGUAAAGAUCCCGUUUUGGAUACAUUAGAACCGCAGGUGCGAUUAAAACAACUAAUUAAUUACAGUAAUCAAGUUGAUAUUGGGCCCCACGUACCUCCUUUAAGGUAUUAUCGUUCAGGACAAGAGAUGAUACGAAUGGCAAAUGUUUACUACAAAGAAGGAAGCCUAGAAAAUGCCUAUGUAUUGUAUUUAAAAUUUAUGACCCUAUUUUUGGAAAAGAUCAGGAAACAUCCUGAUUUUCGAAGCGUUUCAGUACAAAUUAAGGCUAAGAAUCAAGCAACCUUAAGAGAAGUCCUCCCAAGGGCUGAGAAGAUAAAAUCACAGCUACUAGAGCAGUAUACUCUUGAUUAUAAAAAAUGUAUGGCUGAAAGGAAACAACUUGAAAUUGAUAAAAAACGGAAAGAAGAAGAUAAGAAAAAGGCUGAAUUGGCAAAACCUUCUUCUAUAUUUUCUUCACAAAUAAGUCGCCAUUCAUCUGUAAUCAAGCCACCUGGCUUAGACAGUGUCAUCUAUCCCGAUUAUUUAGGACAAGAUAUUCCGAGUGCGCCGCCUCCUACUACAACUAUUUUAGAUGUUCCUGGUUACACACCAACCAUAGAUAGAUCUGUCAAACCCAUGGAUGUGACAGCUCAAGGAAGAUAUGAUACUAAUGUUCUUAGGUCCGUCGUUGUACCAGUCCAGGUCAUGACCCUCUUCCAAGCAAUGGCCCAGUCAAAUACAUUCAAAAAUAUAGAAACCUGUGGUAUCCUUGCUGGAGUAUUAGAAAAAAAUGAACUGAUUAUUACCCAUAUGAUAUUGCCUAAACAAAAAGGAACAUCAGAUUCUUGUAUGACUACAAACGAGGAAGAGAUUUUUGAUUAUCAAGAUCAGCAUAGUCUUAUUACAUUAGGAUGGAUUCACACUCAUCCAACUCAAACUGCGUUUCUUUCUAGUGUAGAUCUACACACCCACUGUCCUUAUCAGUUGUUAAUGCCGGAAGCUAUUGCCAUUGUGUGUUCACCUAAAUAUAAUGAAACGGGUAUUUUCAAUUUGACUGCUAGCGGAUUAAAGUUUAUCGCUAAUUGUCGUCAAACGGGAUUUCAUCCGCAUCCCACAAAUCCUCCACUGUUUGUUGAAGCUGACCACGUGAGGAUAGAAAACAAGGCACCACUUGAAGUUUUGGAUCUUCGCAAUAAGUAAGAUUGAAUUUUAUACACAUUAUCCAAAGAGAGCUUUUUAUUUAGAAUUAAAUAUGUCGAGAGCUUUUUUAUAUUUUGUAAGAUUUAUAUGUAAUUUAUUAUAAAAUAUAUUAUGUACCUAAAUGUUAAUAUAUAAUCUAAAGUAACAGCUGUGAUGGAAUAUAUUUGUCAAUCGAAUUGCUUUUUAG